AUGACACACACACCCAAGACUACCACCUCCUUCACCAAACUCCCCAACGGCAUCGAAGUCUUCUCCCGCACCGCCGGCCCCUCCGACGGCCCCGUCAUCCUCCUCCUGCACGGCUUCCCCGCCUCAUCCUUCCAAUUUCGUAACCUAAUCCCCCUCCUCGCCGCCCACAACUACCGCAUCAUCGCCCCCGACCUCCCCGGCUUCGGAUUUACCACCAUCCCCGCCUCCCUCAACUACACCCACACCUUCGCCAACCUCGCCACCACCAUUGGCUCCUUCCUCGACGUCCUCUCGAUCAAGAAAUACGUAGUCUACAUCUUCGACUACGGCGCCCCGACGGGCCUGAGACUAAUGCUGGAGCGUCCGGGCGCUACCAAGGCAAUCAUCUCCCAGAAUGGCAACGCCUACGACGACGGUAUUGGACCUUUCUGGGACCCGGUAAAGACAUUGUGGGCCGCUCAGCCUGGCACCCAAGCCGAGAAGGAUGCCAGAAAUGUGUUGCAGGGUGCCCUGUUAACCCACGCCGCCACGAAAUGGCAGUACACCGAGCACGAACCCCACCCGGAACUCGUCGACCCGGCCUCCUGGACGCUGGACUGGGCGUUGAUGAACACUCCGGAGAAUAUCGAGGUGCAGUUGGACCUGUUCAGGGAUUAUGGCAGUAAUGUGGAGCUGUACCCGGAGUUCCAGAGGUAUUUCAGGGAGAAGAAGUUGCCGGUGUUGGCGGUGUGGGGGAAGGAUGAUGAGAUUUUCAUUAAUCCGGGUGCGACGGCGUUUAAGAGGGAUUUGCCGGAUGCAGAGGUGCAUUUGUUGGAUGGUGGGCAUUUCUUGGUGGAAGCGCAGACGGAAAGGGUCGGGGUUUUGAUUCUGGAGUUUCUGAAGAAGAAUGGGAUUUGA